AUGGAUUCCACGUUGCGAAAACGUAAAGAUGGCCCUGGGCCAGCAAACAGUACUCGGUCUGCCCACAAGAAGAGCAAGGGAGGCAGCGCUGGAAGGUGGAAGACUCCCCAUCAAAAAGCUAAGAUAGCUGAGAAGGUAGAGCUGGGAACAACACUAGCCGUCGGCGAUCAAGGUAUUUGGGUCACACACGCGAGAGGAAUGCAAUACAAAGCAAUCAAGGAGUUUACAGAGCUCUGUGUCGAGUACGGCAGGACAAUGUAUGGGAUUGAGCCCCAGGGAGACGACGAGGAGAAUGCAGCAGGAGAUGAGCAUCAAGAUAUUGAGGCAUCCAUCGAAGCAGAACUGAGCAUCAUGAAGUCGAGCGGGAAAAGAGAUACAAACCAAACGUUCAAACCAGUGUCUUCCGGCGUCGAGUGCCUAUUCUUUAUGAAGACCAUGGAUCCAGUUCAACCCGAAUUCCUAGCCAGAAAGAUGUGCGAAGAUGCCAGGGACUGCCAAGACCAAAGGCAACGAAAGUGCAAGUACAUCAACCGACUAACACCCGUGGUCAACAUGGACAAAGCCACGGAUAACGGCAUCGUCAAGGUAGCACGUACAGUUCUGUUGCCCUGGUUUGAAUUGAAAGAUGAGGAGGGAGACAAUUCAGACAAGACAGAGGCACCCGACCCAGCUGGUCCGCGUACGCCAUAUACGUACGCCAUUCGACAUAACAUUCGCAAUCACACCACGUUCAAGUCAGGCGAAGUUAUACAGAAAGUUGCAGGUCUUAUAGAUGCCCAACACAGCGUGAACCUUGGCAAACCAGAUAAGGUCAUACUCGUGGAAAUAUUCCAGCUGUUCUGUGGCAUAUCGGUCGUCGACGGGAAAGAAUGGGAAGAGCUAAAACGUUACAAUAUGAACGAACUUUACAGUCUUCCUCCCGUCGUGAGUAACAAAGAGUGA